AUGGAGGAGGCGCCGCUGCUGGACCCCGAGGACGCGAUGGUGGGGGACCUGUUCGGCGCCGAGGGCCCGUUCGUGGGCGACGCGCUGGCGCUGAAGCCGGCGGCGGUGGUGAAGCAGGAGGAGGAUGAGUUCCAGGUGUUCAAGGACGCCUACCUGAGCGCCGCCGACGCCAAGGAGCCGCUGCUACACGCCUUCAACCCUCCGCCGCCCCCCGACGGCAAGGGCAAGGUGAAGGUAGAGCUGCUGGGGGACGGCGCGGACGAGGACGGCGCCCUGGCCGACUUCCCCAGCCUCCCGGAGCUGCACCCGCUGGAGGAUGCUGCGCUGCCCGCGGUGCCGCCGCCGCCCUCCUACAACGUGCAUUUUCUCUCGUCGCUGCUGACACCCCACCGUAGCCCUGCCGUGCUGCCCCUGGGCACCUGGGCCCGCGACAGCGCCGCGCACCCCGGCGUGCGCGUGAUCCCAGUUGAAAUCAAAGAAGUAGGUGGUACUAUUACAGGUAAUAGUCCAGAGGAAGCAACUUUCCAGAACACUCUUGCUCAGGAAAAUUGUUGCAAGUUCACUUCAUCCCAAGAAACAGAAGACACUUCCAGCUGCUCUCACAAGAAAGAUUCUAACCCAAUGGUGAUAUGUCAAUUGAAAGGUGGUACACAAAUGCUGUGUAUAGAUAAUUCUGGCACAAGAGAACUAAAAGCACUUCAUUUAGUUCCUCAGUAUCAAGACCAAAAUAACUAUCUACAGUCAGAGGUCCCUAAACCAAUGACUACUUUAGUAGGAAGAUUUUUGCCAGUACCAGCAAAGUUAAAUCUUAUUACACAACAACUUGAUAAUGGAUCCUUACCAUCUGUAGCCAAUGGGUCUACUUUCCCCUCAGGAUCAACUCUCUCAGGACCACCAAAAAUAGCUUUGGCAGGGUACUGUGACUGCUUUGCUGGCGGGGACUUCUGCAAUAACUGCAACUGCAACAAUUGUUGCAACAACCUACGGCAUGAAAUUGAGCGGUUUAAGGCCAUUAAGGCGUGUCUGGAUAGGAACCCGGAAGCUUUCCAGCCUAAGAUCGGGGAAGGGCAGCUGGGAGCCGUCAGGCCUCGCCACAACAAGGGCUGCAAGUGCAAGCGUUCGGGCUGCCUGAAGAAUUACUGCGAGUGCUAUGAGGCCAAAAUUAUGUGUUCUUCUAUUUGCAAAUGCAUUGGUUGCAAAAAUUAUGAAGAAAGCCCAGAACGAAAAACUCUAAUGAACAUGACAAACUACAUGGACGGUGGGGACCUGGACGGCGGCCGUCACUCACCACCAAGCAGGCUGUCCGUGCCGCCCCGGGUGAGCCAGGAGAGGCGCGCCGCCUCCUGCAUCUCCUGGGAGGUGGUGGAAGCCACGUGCGCCUGCCUGCUGGCCCAGGGCGAGGAGGCCGAGCGGGAGCACUGCUCGCAGGGCCUGGCGGAGCAGCGGGUGCUGGAGGAGUUCGGCAGGUGCCUCUCGCAGAUUCUCCGCAUUGGCUUCGAGGCCCAAGGGCUGAAAGUGGAGUAG